CUGAUUAUCUUUUCCGGACACAAUUUGUAGUUGCACCAGAAUCCGCCGGAAACGCACCCUGCGCUGUAGUGUGUGGAUGUGUUCUGCGUCAAAACACAGCUGAGAAAACAAACAAACAUGUUUUACUGGAUGAAGAGCGGCAACAGCGGCGGCUCCGAACCGGUCGACAGCGUCGGUAACAUGUCCAAGAGCGACAUACUGAGAGGAAUCGUCACCGAGAAAAUGAGCACAGCCGCCCGGGAGAUCUUAGCGGUGGUGGAGAGGACUGUAGCCGACUACGAGGAGGAGGCUGCGGGCUUCAGGCGAGAGAUCGGCCGUCAGAGGAGACUGCUGGAGCUCCUGCAGCCUAACGUCUCUCUGGAGAAAAGAGUCCUACAGCCUGAUGUGGAGAGGCAUGAGGUGGAAGUCGUGCCUGAGGACAGAGAGGAGCAACAGCACAAGCAGCAGACAGGUGUGGAGGAAACUGAGAGCCUGGGCCUGCUUUGGUAUGACGACAUUGAUGAUGAUGAAGAGGAGCAGGAGUUGGUGCAACCAACAAGUUCCCGACAAAAACGAGAAGAUCUAAAGGACCCAGAUUAUAAAAUACCAUCAAGAAUUCCGACUGUCAGGAAGAAGCCCGGCAGACCUCGCAUCAGUGACACAAAGAACCAUAUAGAUCUCAGAGUCCGUAUCCUGGAGGACUCUCACACCAAUGUGCUCUCUAAGACGGUAUUCAAGAAGUUCCCAGCACAGGACCUGAAGUGCCCUCUUGGUCUACAGGAAGCUGACUUCCUGGACUUGUUGAAGUCCACCUUUCCUCAGCUGGCAGAUGAUGAACCUUUUGACUUGUUCACAACGGACAGAAGCCGGAGGCUCCAGCCCCUAAAAGUGAAGACUGUGACUCCAGAGGAGAUCCACAGGUUUACUGGAAACUCUGCCCUUUACAUCCGCCUCAAGACUAGUGAGGAGGAAGAGAAAGAGUUUCCUCCUUCACCAACAAAUGAUGACUGUCCAUCCAGCGAUGCCGACGUAACAAAAAACAACGAAGCCGAACUCCAGUCAAGCAGCCCUGUUCAGCAUACAGACAGUCCCAGUGUGGACAUUUUGGCCAGCAGCUCAACGUCACAAAAGCAAGACCUGCAAACAGAUGAAGAGGCCCGUGAGAGGGAAGUGGACAGCAAAGAUGAACACAAGGCCUUGUCUGUAGGUAAAAACUUUAAACCUGUUUCUGAGCGCCAGGUGACAAAAAAGAUGAAGAAACAAGUGCGCAAAAGUGACAUGAAAGAGAUAGAGAAGAGUAAAAUAGCCUGUAAAGUGUGUGGAGUGUGGUACUUGAACCUGGGCAGCUUGAUCAAACACACCUGGAGUCACCUGGAGGAGCCGCAGGGUGGUUGUGGAGUUUGUGGAGAGCAGUUUGAAUCUGUGGAUGAGUUGAAGAGACAUAUCAGAAUUCACCAGAAAACUCACGACUGCUCAUAUUGUGGAAAGUCUUUCUUCACCAUCGUCGGUCUUAACAGCCACGUCUCUCUGCACACAGGAGACAGGCCAUUCAAAUGUAAGAUUUGCAGCAAAACCUUUGCUUACAUGUCUGGUCUGAAUGCUCACCAUUGGGUCCACGUGGAAGAGAAACCACACAAAUGUGACAUUUGUCCAAAAUCCUUUGGUUUGAAGGCGCAGCUCCAAGCUCACAGCAAGAUACACACCAGCAAAGACAGAUACGUCUGCAAUAUCUGUGGAAAGUCUGUGUGCGACCUUCGAUCUUUGACCCGCCACAAGUUCACUCACUCUGGAGAGCGGCCGUAUGGCUGUCAAAUCUGCGGGAAGCGUUUCAAACUUUCCGGCAACUUGAAGUCCCACGAGAAGAUCCACAUGGCCAGGGAGCGACCUUUCCUCUGCCACGUCUGCUGCAAAUCCUUCCUGUCAAACUGCAGCCUGAUGACUCACAUGAAGACGCACAGCAGCGAGAGGCCGCACGUCUGCGGCGUGUGCAGCAAAGGCUUCGUGUCCAACGGCGAACUCAAGGUUCACAUGCGAGUGCACACUGGCGAGGCGCCGUACGGCUGUUCCGAGUGCGGCCGUUUCUUCAAACGCAAGACUCACCUGACCAACCACAUCAGGAGCCACUUGGGCAUCAAACGGUUUGUGUGCGCGAUCUGUGGGAAGGCGUGCUCUCGCCAGGAGCACCUGACGGUCCACAUGAGGACCCACAACGGAGAGAGACCGUACCAGUGCACCAUCUGCGAAAAAGCCUUCACCCAGAGCCACUGUCUGAAAACGCACAUGAAGAGCCACCAGGUGGAGGAAAACUCUGUCCCCAGUCCAUCCACAACCUAAACGGCACUGAAAACAACAACUUCUUUUUGAUCAUAAUAUACUUACAGUUGCAGUUUGGUUUUUUACAUCUGAGAACUUUUUUAUUUCAUUUUUUAAAACUGGAAAAAGUGUUGUGGAUUUUUUUUCUUCUUUUUAUUGUAUUUUUGUGCUAAAACACGUGGUUCUUAGAUCCUUUUGUAACUUACAGCAAACAUGUAGUCUGGUGAUCAACAGUUCUACUAAAUUGUUAUUUGUUUGGGCAUCAAGACUUAAGUUACCGACCUACUUAUAAAAUAAAAAUAAAAAAAAUCACAAAGUUCUGAAAAGAAUUUGGUACAGUAAAAUGUUAGUCGUGUAAACCAGUCUGCUUUAAAUAAAAAGGGGAAAAAACCUA